AAUUUUACAUACAGCAGGCUAACUUCUAGCGAGCUAGCUAUGUGUAGGUUAAGAAGGGGAAAAAAUGGCGUGUAUAUAACGUGUUGUGCGCGAAUGGUGGUCCUUGGCAAAGGCCUAGUGCCUGACUGCCCCCUAGCCAGGGAUACAGUGAAGACCUCAACGGUGGAGCAGGCGGAAGAUGGUAAAUGUAAGAACCACCACAACGGCUGUGAUGGCGAAAGAAGGCACUCCCACAUCUGGGAAAUAACAACCCAUGACUUCGACGGUGGAACAGCCGGAGGAUGAUUGCUAAACCUAUGGAGCGUCACAACGGCUGGGAUGGCUGAUGAAGGCUGCAGGAGAAAAGGGUCCACAGUCGUCUUGGACUCCAUGCCACUGGACCCUGACCCGGAUCCGUCAAGGAUCGUGUGGUGACUGUCUGUGUAUAAAGUGAUACCCUUUAUACACAAUACUUUACCCAUACUCGCUUCGAGUGACUGCCGAUGAUGAUGAUGGUGUGUGUGUGCAUAUGUGUGUAUGUGCGCGUCGGAAGUAAAAAGCAACCUUUGAACCACCAUGUCCCAUGUGCUUGAUGGUUUUAAUGUGUUGUGAAAUGAUUAACCAGUCAGUUGCGGAGUUGCCCAAUAUAUGGAGUGAAAGAGGAAGCAUCGAGUCAGCAGCAAGAAACACGGAAGACAACCUGUUGAUUCAAGUGUCAGCUCAAUAAAUUGACUACAUGGAUGAAAAGCAAGUGGCUCGUGCCAUCAAGCUGAACGAUGGUUCCAAAAUGCCCCUUUUAGGUUUACGGACAUGGAAGCCCUCCCAUCGUCCCUGGACGUCGGUCCAGUACGCAGUAGAGGCUGCCAUUGCUGCUGGGUACCGCCACAUCGACACGGCCUGCUGCUAUGGUAACCAAGUGGACAUUGGCAAGGCUCUGCACUCAAAGAUGCAGCAGGGCAUCAUCAGACGCCAAGACAUGUUCAUUGUCAGCAAGUGUACUUGUUGUGCGCUUGAAGACAUCCCAAAGUGCUUUAAUACAUCACUGACAGAACUGCAACUGGACUACUUGGACCUGUUUCUGCUGCAGUGCAAUACUGGACUCAAAAAAACAAGUGAUGAUUUCUUCAGGAAUGAAGGAACGAUUUUUACUUCUGAUGUCGACUACGUGGAGUUAUGGAGGUCUGGGAUUUCUGUCCAUCAGUCUUGCAUUCUGCUUCAUGCCACAUUUCUAUCACAAACCUCCACGCCUUGCCACGCUGCUAAACAUUUGGACCACGCCACCACAAACACCCACAGCUCAAGCCUGACAGAAAAAUCCCAGCAAAAGGGCUUCCUCGCAAAUGAUGUGGAAGAAAUACUCCUCACGGAAGCGGACAAGCAGGAGAUGUUCCUUCGGCUCGUCGCAGACGCUCAGCCAUGGGCGCACGAGGACGAAGAGGAGUUGAGCGAGGAAGAGCUUCCUCCCGGCGCGGUGGAAGCAUGGAGCCAACUUCUGGCGAAAGUGGCGGAUGCAGAGGACCGCUUCCGCCCCCACUCACGGGCCAUCCGGAUGUCCUCCCCAGCACCUGGCUCAUCGCGCAGUCACGACACACCCCCUGGGACGCGAGCGCCCCGGCGGUGGCCCGGAGCAGCGCACAGACACGCGCAGAAGAGGGGCAGGACUUAUCCCUCAACGCUGACUGACAGGCUCGCCCCGUGCGACUUUUUCUCCCCUCCCAAGGCACACAUUUUUUUUCCUGCAGAUAAUCAAAAUAAGUCCAAAGUUCAUGCCACGCCCCCCAGGACUCAAGCCCCCCCCCAAGCCACAAGAAUGUUUUUCAAAAAAUCAAACCAAGACAAAUAAAAGCAAAGGACAAUUUAGAGAAUUUAAAGGGGAAGAUUCUGCCCUCCUCCUUACCGCCCUCCGCCCUCCCCAAAACACUGUUCCAGCUCAUGGUCAGAGUGUCUGGGAGUCACUCCUUGAGGGGGGGGCUGGGGCUGGGAGUUUGUUGGUUGAUUCUGCCCAGUGCAUUGCCAAGCCACAGCGACCAGCAAGUUCCCCACUUCCAUUUUUUCAACCUGCCAAGCCACAGCGGCCAACACGGCCACCUCCACCAGUCCUUCGGCCUGCUAAGCCGCAGCUUCCAGCGAGGCCACCUGCGUCAAGUCCAAGACAAAGUCCACGUCCAGCUCCAAGACCGAGUCCACGUCAAAGUCCAAGUCCGAUGCUAGCACCAAGACCAAGUCCGAUGCUAGCACCAAGUCCAAGGCUAGCACCACGACCUGCUCCACGGCUAGCACCGCGACCAAGUCCAAGGCUAGCGCCACGACCUGCUCCACGUCAAAGUCCUCGUCCACGGCUGGUACCAGUGCCAGCUCCACGUACCCAAGCGCCGCCAGCGUCAGCUCCACGUUGUCGCCUAGCGCCGCCAGCGCCUGCUCCACGUCGCCAAGCGCCGCCAGUGCCGCCAGUCCACGUCGACAGCCAAGUCCACGUCGGCCACGGAUGUGGUUGCUACGUGGUCGUCCGCCACGCCCUCCUCGUCGGCCACAGUUGUGGCCGCUACGUGGUCGUCCGCCUCGGUCCUCCACGCGUCGCCGCCACCUGACCUUGCCCCGUUGGAUACGGGGACACGUGGUUUGGCGAUCCACCGCCAUGUCCCCCUCCCGCCCUCCCAUGACUCUCGAUCAUAGUUUUUUGUUUUUUGUUUUUGGACAUCUGGGAGCUGUCUUUAACGGGGGGGCUCUGUCACACCUAUGGAUCUUGUUUUGUCUUGUUAUGUUUUUGAUUUUGGACAAUCAGUCACGUUUUGCACUUCCUGGUUUUGUUUCCAUGCCAACCUCAUUAUUUUUAUCCUAGUCACGCCCCUGCCCUCAGUCCCGCACCUGUUCCUAAUUAUCACAGCCACUACUUAAAUCAUUUUCUUUCUGUCCAUCAGUCUGGGAUUUCUGUCCAUCAGUCUUGCAUUCUGCUUCAUGCCACAUUUCUAUCACAAACCUCCACGCCUUGCCACGCUGCUAAACAUUUGGACCACGCCACGUAGGAUCCAUGUAUUCUUUCGCCUAAGUGCUGUUUUUUUUGGUUUAUUGUUAGCAUCUUUUGUUCAUUUAUAGAUAGCCAUGCCAUUUUGCUGUUUUUGUUAACGUUUUAGCAUAUAUUAUCCGCCAUCGAGCGUGCUUUUUGUUUUGCCUUUUGUAUUUAAAUAAAUAAAAAAAAUGUACUUACA